AUGGCGGCGAUGGUGAAGCCCUCCUUCUCAUUCGCGAAGUCGGUGCCCGCCGAGGCCGAGUACAGCACCCAGUGCGUGGAGUUCCCGAUCUUAGCACUGUUCCCGCGGCCGUUCCUGCUCGAGGCCGUGGAGUCCUUGACGAUCGAGGACCUCAGGCCGGCGCUGCCCCUGGCUGAUGCACGUCGGCGAGGCCUUGCCCAGCUCGAGGGCGAGUCCGCGGCUCAGUCGAGCAUCGCCCGGGGCGCGAUGGCGAACGCCACCUGCGCGGGCGUGCCGACGGACGACGACACGGUGGCACUCCAGCUGGAGCGCGCGACGGAGGGCACCCCGUCGGAGCGCGAGGAUUGCAUGGGGAGGGCAGCCGACGGCAUGCUGGACGACUGGGGGGAUCAAUCGAGCGACAUCUAUCAACUCCGAAAGCACGCUGACAUUGACGAGGUUUACGAGCCCGCGAUCUGCCGCGAGUUCUGGGACCAGCCCGACGGGGCUCCUACACUUCAGGGCGCUUUCGAAGACAUUAUUCACCACUUCUUCGAUGGCUGGGGAAAGGCGCAGCGGGACCUGCUGGGCGUUGUGCACGGUGGGUGCGACACGUUGGCUGGCGAGGCUGGCGUGACCGCUGGCACCCGCCGUGUGAUGCGUAAAACUCCCUUGGUCCGCUCGUCGGUGCGCCUGCCGGGGCCCCUCGCCGGUGUGCUCGCGCCGCUCCCCGGGAGCCAGAGACGGAGCUGUGGCGGCACAGACCUGGAGACUGGCGCGGAGUCGCAAGGCGGGGCGGCCGCCGCUGGGCGCGCCGCCUCCUCGCCGAUCCUGAAGGUGAUCGAGCUGCUGCGGGGCAUGGCUGCGAGAGGCCAGGCGGCGAAGUUGGAGGAGGAGGCGAAGUACGCGGCCUUCGGACAGUGGUGCAAGGACGAGACAAAGCGAAAGCUCUGGGAGAUCCAGACCUCCGACGACGAGAUCUCGCUGCUCAAGGCCACCAUAGCGAAGGCCGAGUCGCGCAUUCAGAAGCUCGACGCGCGCGUGAAGGAGCGUGACGAGGACGUCGCCCGGUGGCAGGCGGACGAGAGAGCCGCCACCGAGCUGCGAACGAAAGAGGCCGACAACUACCGGGCCACCCACGAGGAUUACACGGAGUUCUUGAACGCCAUCGACCAGGCCGUCCUCGUGCUCCAGCGGCGCGCGGCCCCCGUGGAGCAGGCGGCGCUGCUGCAGACGGUGGCCAAGGCGGCAGCCCACAUGGCGGCCGGCGCGCCGGCCGGCAGCCGCGCCGACCAGGCCGCGCGCGGGCCGGGAGAGGGCGCUGAGGAGCGCGGCCAGCUGCCGGGCCCUGGCGGGGCCGAGGGGCGCACCUUGCGGCUGGAGCGGGAUGUGGGGUGGCUGGCCUCGCAGCUCGCGGGCCUGCGGAAGGAGCUGGCGGCCGAGGCGGAGAGCCUGAGGCGGGGCUUGCAGAGGGUAGGCCAGGCCGUGCACGCCGUGCGGGACGUGAUCGACGCACAGGCGGAGGCGGGGCUCCGAGCCGAGGACGCCGCGUUCCCGGAGUGGGCCAGCAGCGCGCUCCAGGACCUGCAGGCCCAGGUGCGUGAGCUCCGCGCGGUGGCCGGGCGGGGCGGCGGCGUCCCCGCGGCGACGGGCGCCGCGUCGGCGGGGGGCCUGCUGGAGGGUGCCGGCCAGCUGCUGCUGGCCAACGCGCGCGAGCAGCUGCUGGGUGCCAGGCUGGACUCCGCGGUGUCGGGCCUGGAGCAGCGCCUCCGCUGCCAGGUCCGCGCCGCGGCCGCGUCCGCGGACGCCGCCGCCGCCUCCCGCGCCGCCGAGGCCGAGCGGCGCAUCUGCGCCGACGUGGCGAGGCUGGAGCGCCGGCUGCUGGCGGCGGAGGGCGCGCGCCGCGGGGGCGCGGCGGGCGGCCCGGACGGCGCGCUCCCCGCGGAGGCGCCGCGGAGCCCUCGCGCGUGCGCGGCGCAGGAUGCCCCGGACGGCAGCGGCCGCGCCCUGGGCGCCCCGCUGGCCGCGCGGGAGGCGCUCCAGCGGGAGGUGUCCUCGCGGUGCGCGGAGCUCGGGGAGGAGCUGUGCGCUCGGGCGGAGAGUGCCGCCGCGGCGGCGGCCGCGGAGAGCACGGCCGAGCUGCGGGAGGCGGUCUCUGGCACGGGCCGCGCCCUCGCGGAGGUGCGGGAGGAGCUGAGGGCCUUCGUGGAGGAGCAGCGGGUCUUCUGCGGCUUCCUCGACGAGGAACACCGCUCCCACCAGGACUUGGGAAGACCUGGUGCGGCAGGACCUCGCGGCGCUGGCGCGCCUGGUGGGCCCGGCCCCGCGGCCCCGCGAUCCGCGGGCGGCGUGCCCACGGAAGCUCGUGGACGAGCAGCGGAACCUGCUGACGCCGAGCACGCCUUCCGUGUCGUGGUCAGAGAAUUGCCACUCGUACCAGACAGCGCCAAAGAGGUCCUGGCCGCGCUCCUCCAGCAGGGCCAGCACCGCGCCCGCCAGGGGCAGCCCGACGUCUACAGCCCUCCAGAGGCGGCCGCUUACGAGUUUCAGUCAGGCGGCGUGGUCGACAUGCUCAAGAAAUUGCGGGACGAGUUUGCUGACAAGAGGUCGCAGCUUGAGGUGGAGGAGCUUAACAACAACCACAACUACGAGCAGCUCAUGCAGGUGGCCAGCGCUGUUGAUGGACAUGGUGGAGGUUCAGGAGUCGCUCGCGGACAGCAUCUCCAGCGCGCAGCACGAGUCCUCGAAGAAGCGCGGCGACGCGGGCGAGACGGCGCAGCUGCGGGCGGAGUCCGAGGGCAGCCUUGCCCAGACCACGUCCGACCGCACGCAGGAUCAGGAGUACCUCGGUGGCCUCAGGGAGCUCUGCCUCGGCAAGGCCUCCGACUUCGCGGCGCGGCAGAAGCUGCGGGCCGAGGAGCUCGAGGCGAUCCGCAAGGCGGUGGACGUCAUCUCCGGCGAGGCGGUGCUGGGUGCAGGCGAGAAGCACUUCGGUGCGGUCUCCGCCGCCGCGCUGCUGCAGACCCCGCGCGCGGCUCUGGCGCAGCUGCAGGGCGGGCGGCGCGGCACGCCGCUGCAGGACAGCCUCGCGCAGUUCCUGGCCGACCGCGCCCGGAGCACGGGCAGCAAGCUCCUCUCGCUGGUGGCCGAGCGCGUCGCGGCCGACCCCUUCGAGAAG